UCAGCUGCAUGUGUGUUAAAGUUCAGAUGCCAAGCGGAGAGAUGAUAACUGGAUUUCUUCUGACUAUUAUUUUAAUGUCACCCGUCGUGGCUCAGGAUCUUUGUAAAGAAAGCAAAGAUGGAUUCAAAGUCAGGAUCAGCUUAAAAACAGCCUUCGGAGAUGACGCCUACGAGUGGAAUGAGAGCGAGAAGUUUCUCUUCAGAUCUACUCUGGCGUAUGCGAUGAGGAAAAAAACUGGGGAAGACACGUAUAACAUUGAAAACAUACUGGUGUGCAAUGAUACAAAGAGAGUGUCGUUCAUCUUUGUGGUGACGUUGCCAGCGGAUCCAACUCAACUGAUCCCGAAAGAAGAAGUGGAGCGAGCAGUGAGACAGAGCAAACAUCGCAUCAACAACGCGUUCCUGCUAUCAGACAUGACUCUGGAGUUUGUGGGGGUCCCACCGACGCUGGCGGUCCCCAUUCAGUACAACACUCCUCCGUGGCUCAUUGUGUUCGGGGUGGUCAUUGGGAUCGUGGCCGUGGGCAUCGUGGCACUACUCAUGUCCACAGUCAGCAAAAGACGACGAGCCAAAGCCAAGGAUGCCGGUUUUGAUGAAGAUGAAGAUGAUGAAGGAAUAGUCAAAGAGAAUGGAACUGCACUUUCCGGCCUUAAUAAGAAAGACGGCGUCUACAAUCCAGGCUUCUCCAAUGAUGAGCGCUUCACCAAACUGUAGAAAACAAAGCCAGAUUCAGUAACACCUCACCUCUAAAAUUAUUCAGAUAUGCCAAAGAAUAAUACUUACUCAACUCUAGACUGUCUGGGUUUGCACAGAAUUAAGACUUAUUCGUAAUUUAUUUGUAUUAUAAAAGCCAGAUUUACUAUAAAACAUGCCGAAUGUUGAUGAUCUGACUAUGGGCAGAUUAAAGAAUGUAGACAAAAACUAGACUGUAAAAAAUGCUGAGUUUCACACAAUUGAUUUGUGUUGGCACAACAUGAAGGAUUUAAGUUAUUAGUAUUGAUAUUAUUUGUAUUAGUAAUAAAAACGUAUCAUUCAUUCAUUCAUUUUCUUUUUCGGCUUAGUCCCUUUAUUAAUCUGGAGUCACCUCAGCAGAAUGAACCGCCAACUUAUCCAGCACUCGUUUUACGUCACGCAUGCCCUUCCAGCUGCAACCCAUCACUGGGAAACACUCAAACACUCUUCACACACAUACACUAUGGACCAUUUUAGCUUACCCAAUUCACCUGUACCGCAUGUCUUUGGACUCGUGAGGGAAACCGGAGCACCCGAAGGAAACCCUUUUUAAACAUUUAAAACAGCAAGCAUUUUUUACAGGGUAUCAUUAAAAAGGCUCAGUCCUUCGGCUUAAUCUCUAUUUCAGAUGUCGCCACAGCAGAAUGAACCGCCAACUAGCCGCAACCCAGUAUUGGAAAACACCCUUACACACUAAUUCACACACACUCAUACACAAUGGCCAAUUUAGUUUCUUCAAUUCACCUAUAGCACAUGUGUUUGGACUGUUGGGGAAAUUAAAGCACCCGGAGGAAACCCACACCAACGCGGGGAGAACAUGCAAACUCCACACAGAAACGCCAACUGACCCAGCCGAGGCUCGAACCAGCGAUCUUCUUGCUGUGAAGCAACAGCAAUACCUACUGUGCCACCGCGUCGCCCCAAAACGUAUUAGUUUUUGCAAAUUUAAGUGGAUUGAACAUAAAACAAUUAAGUUGUUCCCCAAAAAACAACUAUGAAUUGUGUUGUUUCAGCUCAUUUUAAGUAAGUAGUUUGAACAAAGAGCGAACAUCUUUUUCUGAGUAACUAAAUCCACCAAGAGUGCCGCAUAUAAUGUGCUUUAGUAAAUAACGGAUUAGGAUGCAGCAACAAUCACAGCAAUUCAAGCACAAAAUCGGUUAAGACAUGCUUUUUGGAAGGCAAUAAAUAACGACAAAAAACCUGUAAAUUGUACGUAACAUUAGUAGAUCACAUUGCUGGUUCUUAUCAUAAAUAUGGUGUCAGAAAGAGAAACUCGUACAGAUGUUUAUGCAAUAAGGUCAGCCACACUCUAUGACUUUCAUUGCUGACAUUUCUCUGUGCCUUUAAUAAAUCCUGAUAGUUUUUAACACCAAAAAGAGAGUCUACUUGUGAUUUUUGU